UUCGAUCAGAAUUUUUGUUGUAGUUUUCACCUUUUGUGCUUUAAGUAAUAGUUCCAAAGGACAACUAACAAUGGCCGAACGAAAUUCAAGAAAAAGAAGCGUUCCAGCACGUUUAAGAGAAGAGACUUGGUACCUUGUAGACUACGAGGAUGAUGGCAACUUAAGGGUGUUAGGUGAAGACGAAAUUCGGCACAUCUUUCCCGAUGAAGAAGAGGAAAUUCAAGCUGGUGAUAUUGUAAGCGCCCUUUGGCUUCCAAAUGGCCAGUUUUAUGAUGCCAAGGUGCUACAGAAAGGAGGUAAGUUCCAUUUUAUUGCGCUUAUAAGUGCGACCAGAAGUCAAUACUAAAAUGCUUUCCAAAGAGGGCCAUCUCUAUUUCAUUCUUUUAAUAUUAAAGGAGCCGCAGGUUUCAGUCAUCUUAGGAACAGUAAUUGUCGUGUACAAGUGUUAUUAAAUAAAUAGAUUAAAUACAGUGCUAGCAAGCAAAACUCAAGUGUGUCUUUGUAACAAUCAACAUGUAAAAAUCAUAUGAAAGUGAGCA